GAUACCCAGCAGCAACAGUGGCUGACUUCUGGUGCUUGGAACCAAGGGCUGCAUCAUACACACCCCUGGAUGCAAAAUCAGAUGCUUCCUCAUGCUUCUAUGAACAGAACACAAGGGAAUGCCCUGAACAUUCCAGUGAGUGCAGCUAUGUAUGGUAUCUUCAAUAGUCAAGGCAAUACACAGGUAAACUUGCCUGUGAACCUGGGUCCACGUACUUCAGUGGGUGACUCCAACCUAGUGUGUACUGCGCUCCAACCGCCUGCAAACAAAGUCGCUUAUGAAGCCCCCAUGUCAUACACGCAACUCCUACUUGCUGCUGAAGAAGAGGGUGCUAGAUAUGCAUCCUCACAAUCGCAAGAAGAUUGCCUUGUUCGUACUGAGAACGAUAUGUACAUGAUAACUGGGCGAUACAGUAGAUCUUCAGAAGAUCCAUUACAAGCACACACUGGGGGUGGAGCUCAGCAUAUAUCUGGAGUCGAUGACCAGCAUGAUAUAGAGCUUCACUACAACAAAAUUGAGCUACUGUGACGAAAAUCCUGAUGACGAUGGUGGACGACGUCAUCGAAAUGCCUAUUGUGUGACGUUUCCGUAGGUGGCAUCACCGAUUACCGCGAAUCGGUGACGAUAAACGUCACUGUGUUGCCUUUGACCUUGAGCACACUUGGCUGCCAAAUUUUGUGACGUUAUGAUAUUUUGCAUGACGAACUUGCUAGAGUCACCGAAUACUACGAAGGUGUGACGAUUGUUUUUGGCCAUGUAACGUCCAGCAAUGGGACCCACCAUAGUUUUUCAAAAGGCUACUGAGCAGCGGCGCCAGUGCGGGGAGAGGCAGGACGGUGAUAGGCGAGGCAGGACACAGAUCAGUUCCGGCUAGCUGUUGCCAAUUUCACGUAUGUGCCUCCACUCCCAUGUACCCACCUCACGUGGAUCCAUUCGGCCAUUGUAUCGCAUGACCCGGUACAAUGCCGUCGCAUCUCCGCCUCUCUCGCUUAGAUCCUCUUUCCUCCGCCUCUCUCGCUUAGAUCAUCACAUUUGCUCGUCGGCGACCGGGACAACGUCACUCGUCCCCAAUUGGCCACCAUGUACAACCUUCAACAUAUUUAUUUACAAUUCUCCA